GGCUGCCCCGGGAGGAGGUGGUCGCUGCCCGGCUGCAUGGCGCUGUGUCCCGCGCCCGAGGCCCGCGUGCGCCUCGUGUUCUUCGGGGCGGCGGGCGUGGGCAAGACGGCGCUGAUCCGCCGCUUCCUGCAGGACUCGUUCGAGGCGCGGCACCGGCGCACGGUGGAGGAGCUGCACCUGCUGGAGCUGGAGCUGGGGGCGGGCUCCGGGCUGCGCCUCCGCCUGGAGAUCCUGGACACCAGCGGCAGCUACAGCUUCCCGGCCAUGCGGCGCCUCUGCAUCGGCCGCGCCGACGCCUUCGCCCUGGUCUACUCGCUGCAGGAGCCCGACUCCUUCGCCGAGGUGCAGCGGCUGCGGGACGAGAUCCUGGAGGCCAAGCGGGGCGCGGUGCCUGUCGUGGUGGUGGGGAACAAGAGCGACCUGGCGCCGGGCGAGCCCGACCCGCGCAUCGCCGCCGCGCAGCGGGACUGGGGCUGCACCUGCCUGGAGGCGUCGGCCAAGCAGGGACGCAACGUGGUCGGCCUCUUCCAGGAGCUGCUGAGCCAGGUCAACCUGCCCGGGCGCCUCAGCCCGGCCCUGCAGCGCCGCCAGCCCCAGACCUGCUCCAAGGAGCCGCCCCGCCGGAGCGCCAAGAGCCACGGCUGCGCGGUCUGCUAGGGCCCGGCGGGGCUGAGCGCGGCCACCGGGGUGCCAGGCGGUAGAGGAGUCCCCUGGCAGCUGGAGAGCGCUGGGCCGGGGCCGCCUGCAGGGCGCCCUGGUCCGAUUGUUCCCCUCCCUCAGGGGAUUCAGAGGGGGGUCGGGACCCCUCAGGGGGUCCCGAGGUUGCGUGGGGGGUCACGAGCUGUUAACCUUCACCCCAACCCUGCUUUGCCCCCAGCAUGUGUAAUGGUGUUAAAUAGAUGCAGGAGUGUUUGUCACUCAUGGGGGGGCACUCAGAAGCUUGCUGGGUGAAAGGGGCCAUCAGUACAAAAGGGUGAGAAUCACUUGCCUAGUGCCAGCAGGGGGGGAGCAGACUCUUCCCCAUGUACCCCUGUGCCUCCGGGUCCCUGCCCGCCUCUCCCUGCCUGCAGCAGCAGGCUCUGGGUGUUCCUGCGCCCAGGGGCUGGGUGCUCUGGCCAUGGAGACACUCAGCCUGGCUGAGCCAAAGAGCUUUGGGAGCAAGGUGGCAGCCCAGCAACCAGCCUGGGGAGAGUGCGGGAGCUGUGGCUUCCUCUCCCCUUUGCUGGGUUCUGGGGGCAGGGGGAGCCUCCAAGGCAGCUCCCUGCCUCCCCUGAGCUUGUACCUGACCUCUGGGGAUGCUGCUGGGGGUCUCCCAAUUCCUGCAUCAGUAGGAUGAGCGCUCACCCCCCACUGCAGGCCAGGUCUCACCUCUGCCAAAGCCUGACUUUCUCCAACAACCUCCUCAGUCACUGAGGUUACAAGGCCCCUUCAACCAGAGCUGGGUCAAAAUCCCAUCCCUGCACAGGCUGCAG